CUUAUCAAUUAUCAUACUAAAAAAUCAACUCUCAAGCUCACUUCAUUGCAAGUUGAAAGCUUUCAACUUGCUUUGAAGCUUGAUAUUGUGUCCAGUCAAUGAUCUAGUUUUUACUGUUAAUUCUUUGUUGUAGUCAACCAUCUAAUCGUUAUGUAUGAAUCUAGCAAUUUUUUUCUCAAUUCUUUUAAAACUUAACUCAUUUGUGCAUUAAUUUCAAUCAAUAUUUACAAAUAUUUACUAAAAUGAAUUAUUCGUCAGCUUUAACGUGAUCGUCUUACAGUGUAUUUAAUUGUUAAUGGUUUUAUAACCUACAAAUUACUAGUCAAUAUAUUUUCGUUGUAGUUUUAUACAUUUACAAAAUCUAGUUGAAGUCAGUUGAUAUGGCUGUUCAACAGAAAUACAGACGAGAAGAAGUUAGCGAAGUUAGUUGUUGCCUUAAGUACAUCAUUUUCAGUUUUAAUGUGUUAUUUUGGAUGUUUGGUUUGUCCGUAAUGGCAGUGGGCGUUUGGGCAUGGACAGAAAAAAAUGCAUUUAAUAAUCUUAGUAAACUCACACAUUUAGCAUUAGAUCCAGCUUUUGCUUUAAUUUUAAUUGGUGGAAUAACUUUUAUAAUAGGUUUCACGGGUUGCAUUGGAGCAUUGCGUGAAAACACAUGUUUACUUGGAAGUUAUGCAGUUCUUUUAGCUGUAAUUUUGAUACUUGAACUAACCGCAGGAGUAUUAACUUUUGUAUUCAAAGAUUCUAUUAAAUCACAAGCCACUGAAGGACUCCAAACAUUCAUUGUUCAUUACAGGGAAGACCCUGAUCAGCAAAAUCUUAUUGAUUGGAUACAGGAAGACUGGUUGCAAUGCUGUGGAAUCAAAGGUCCUGAAGAUUGGGAUUUAAACAAUUAUUUUAACUGCUCUUCACAAAAAGUUGGCAGCCGAGAAGCAUGUGGAGUACCUUUUUCUUGUUGCAAACGUAAACUAAAUGAAAUAGUAGAAAAUAAACAAUGCGGGUAUGAUGUUAGAAAAGAAGGAUUUUAUGCUGAAAAAUGGACAAGUUUAAAUUUACCAACGCAAACAGGUGAAAGAAAUAUAUAUGAAAGAGGUUGCAUGCGGGCCGCUGAGGAAUGGGUUGAGGAUAAUUUUAUUGGAGUUUUAACAACAGUUAUGACUGUCACCAUAUUACAGACCGACGAUGUCGGAAAACGAGUGGACCUCAUCAUAAAUGAAAAGGGAUGUUUGCAAUCUGGAGAAGAAUGGCUAGAAAGAAAUAUGCUUUUUAUAGCUACUGUAUGUCUUAUAUCAGCAUUUUGUAAGAUUUUAGGCAUAUGCUUUGCUCAAAAUCUACGUGCUGACAUAUUUGCACAAAAAGGCAAGUGGCACUAGAUGGAAUUCAUCUUAAGACAUGAACUAACAAGAUUAUAAAUAUAUAUAAUUUUUUAAGAAGAUUUUUAGCCUAAUCAAUAUUUUUUCAUACCUAAAAUAGUGAUAAAAAGAUUGUAGUCCAACGUCCAACCGUUGAAUGUGAAUAUGCUUCUAUAAAUUUUUAUUUAAUUUUCAGGUUUUUGAUUAAGUUUGAUUGGUCAUUCUCAUAACAAUAUAUCAUUAAUACCUUAUUAUAUCACACUCUCACAAAUAAUAAGAUUUAAUUAUAGAUAUCUUUAUUCCUUUUUUUUUUUUUAACGACUCAUUACUCAUACAUAGGUUGGUACCUAUAUGUAUGUGUAUUUUGUCUUGGAACUCUCUUGACAACUACACAUUUACGACCCAAGUGAAAUUCCCUACAAUAUACAUGCAGUCAUGAUACUGAAUUUCAUUUUUACAAUUCAAAUACUUAAUCCUUGUAAAAACUAUUUCUUGAAUAAUCUCUGCUUUUUAAAAUUUUCAAAGAUAUAUUUUGUAGUGACCCAAAACAACUACACUUUUGUUACAUCUGUAUUGUUUCUUUGUUUACCAAAAUUUAGAUCUCUUUUUGGGGGGGUUUUUGUCAUUGUAAUAAAUUUAAUUUUUGAUUUUGCUCAAAGUAUCU